AUGGCAUGUUCGGUUUGGGUGACCUCGCUGAGAGGCAGCGAGACCUGGGAGGGAGGAGAGACCAGCGGCGUUGGCGACCUUUUCGGAGCUGGUCAGCACAAAGGAAGGAAGGACGGCUGGCGUAUCAAAACCGCGGGAUCAAGAGAUCCGGAAAGACAACAACAAGCCGUUGGUCAACAAAUGGGGCAGGGUGUCGAAGUGGUGAGAAAUGGUUGUCAUGGUCACGGAAAGGGCCGGUACAAAGAAUGGACUGGUGCAGAAAUCAUGGAAGACGUGCUGCGGGCACUGCCAGACGAGUUGCGUGACAAGAGCACCAGGCGAAGAACAGGCAGUGACAGGCCCUUCCUUGCCCUCACAGAGGUACGGGUACAAGUCCUCAGCUGGAGGGGUUCCAAGGGAGCCAACCGGGCCGGAAGAGAUACAUCGACGGAGCAAAAAGAAGGAGGAGAGCGCGGGCGGAGGAAAGCGGGAAGAACGAGGGCAGCCAGUCACGAUGGCGAUACUUGGUCGCUGUCGCUGGCGACAAUUGGUGUUGAAAGGACGGGGAGGAAGAGGAGGAGGAGGAGGAGACCAGGGAGACGCACCCAAGUCAUCACCAAUGUGAGCGUCAAUGUUCACUUCCUGUCUGCCUGCCCAUCGCUCGUCGUAUGUGAAUAUCGUUCCAUUUCUUUCCGUCUCUCUGUCACUUAUCUCCCACCUGAAUCGGCAUUGGAAAGAUCGGUGCAUGCCACCAUGUUCGACGCCGUCUCUAUUGCAAAGCACAUGAAAGUGCGCAUGGUUGGUGGUCAAUGCUCCUGGAUUUUCAAUCCAUGUCGCUAA